AUGCCUGCAGCAAACACCAAGGCCAACUACAAGACCUAUGAGGCUCAGGCCCGUAUGGUCCGCGCCAUCGUGGCUGCUCACCCUGAGGUUAAAUGGAACUACAAGGAGAUCGCAGCCUGUUACGGCACAGACAUGACUGAUCAUGCCUUGAACCAUCGGUUCCGUCGCCUGCGAGCCCAGGCCAUCGUUAUUAGAGAUGGCCGGGCUCAGGGUUUUGAUAUGAAGGAUAUGUCGACCGACGACAACUUUCUUCCCAAGACACAAGAGAAUGUUGACAAACACAACAUCGCCAAGUACUUCGGUCAGUCCACUGCAGAUGGAAUCCAGUUCCAGUUCCGCACCAUCAAGAAGGAUGCUGAGCAGCUCCGCCAAGUAGAAAGCGAGGGUGGCAAUGUGGCUAACUGCCUUUCCAUCGGCGCAGGCUCUUCUAUCGGACCCAGCACCCCAUCCAAGCCAACCCCUUCCCGUGGCGCUGGCAGCCGUUCUGGUGCUACCGUGAAGCGAUCUCGCGCAGCAGCUGUGCCCACCUUUAUCAAGCGCUCCGAGUCUGAUGACGAGGAGGAUGACCUCAACUUCAGCGAGCUUGACGACACCCCUUCUAAGCGCAUCAAGACAACCGGUCCAGCUCGUGGUGCCGCCAAGUCCCGCACUCCAUCUCGUCGAGCCGCCACCAAAGCUGUCGCUACUAUCGCCGCUGGCGCCCAGCUCGAGAGCAGCGCGUCUCCUCCUGAAGAUGCAUUGACGCCUCUUACCGACUCUGCACCUGCACCGCCUGUCUGCGCCGAUCCGGCGUCUAUCUUUGGCAGCGUUGAACACCGACACCCUGCCUAUGAUUCCAAGUCGCAGCUUUUCAGUACCUCUACCACUUUCACCAACAACGGCAUUGAUGAAUUCCUUGGCAGCAGCGGCAUGGAUGACGUGCCCAUGUACCCCGGCUCAAACUACAACGAGUUCGAGGGCGAUGGCGAGAUAUAA